AUCAUCCUUCGUUUUGCCCUCCCAUCUUCACAGUUCAAUUCCAUCGUUCUGGUUGUUUUAAUCAGGAUAAAUUUCCCUUAGUUUAAUUUCUAUAGAGAAGCCUAACAUUGCAAUUCCUUUGAUCGGAAUCCAAACCCCAAGCGAUGGAUCGAGGGAUCUAUCCUUAGGCGAUACCAAUCCCAUUAGCAUAUUUGUAUUUUAUUUUCCUGUACAUAUGCGUCUCCCUUCUUAUUCUGGAUCUCUCCUCUUUCGGAGAUUUUCGGCGACAAGGAAGAUACAUUUCAUUGUUUUUUGUUAAUUUGUACAUUUUUAAAAAUUUUGUAUGAUUCCCUUUUGGAGAUUUUAAUUUUGAUUUGUGGAGGAUGAUGAGAAAAUCAGACGGAUUCCCUGUGAGGUUAAACAGUGAUCACUCAAUCAGCUACUUCUGACUCCUUUUACUUGUGUAUAUUAUUUACGGAGUAUUAUAUUUUAUAUUGAUUUGGGAGAAUUUGAAUGGUAUAGUUGGAGGCCUGUGAUGUUAUAAGUAUUUGCUACUCUUGAUGGGAAUUCCCAUCUGAUGAUAUCUUACCACCAAGAUCUCUGAGGCCUUCAGUAUUGUGAUUAUCUUUACGUGUUUCUUGAGCUUUGGUCAUUGGAUAUUUAUAUACUUUCUUUUGAAUCUUUUACAAUUUGAUGAAUUCUGAGGAAAGUGAAUUGGAGAUUGGAAUUUGAAUUCUAAAUUACGAUACCUCCAUUAAUUAUAUGAAUGAAAUACAGUAAUUAAAUGUUAUUUACUCUAAUGAGAAGUGUUGAUAUUAUAAUUAAGAGUGGGAGAGGAUUCAAGGAAAUUGGCCCGGGGCUGGAUCAUAUGAAUCUUGCAGAGCUCUCGUCAGCACUCACAGAAGACCAUGGUUUUUGUAGGACAACCUUGCGGCUGGAUGAUUGGUCAAUUGUUUCUGCAUACGUUGUCGUUACCAGAUUGCCAUUGCAUUACUGUUUCCUCGUGUUUGCCUUCGCUGGUGGUGUUGAACCUGCUGCUGAACCUGUUGCUAAACUUUGUUAUGUUGAACCGCUGCUGAACUUAGGUAGUGCUGAAUUUGGUUUGAAUGUAAUGUGAUUAAUUUAUCUUUAAUAAGUAAAUAUAUCAAAUUACGGAGUACUAUUUAUUGAUUUUAAUUUGUUAUAUUGUUUUUGAAUAUUUUCUGCUAAAUAUAUUUAUCAGUUCUACUACUACACCUCUCCAUCAAAGGCAUGGAGGAAGAAUUGACCUACUCAGCUUUUAGUAAGUAGGUUUUGUGUUUGUCUA